UCCUAUGAGCUGUAGUGCUAUUCAGUAUUCACUGCACCACUUCCCGAACCCCGUGCUAAGCUCUAAAGCCCGUGCAUACCUUAUGACUGCAGACUAACACGCGCGCAUCGCACUCAAUUUCUUUCAUCAUCAAAAUUACCUGCCCACAAUUUGACGAACAUUUAAGAACAUUCAAACCAAAUUACUCCGGCCAUUUUAAACAUUUCCGACCAAAUCGAUCAGAAUUUCGUCGGAUCUCCCACAAAUCUGAAUUUGGGAUCACUCACUCUUAGAAAUAAGAGAUGAAAGAGGGUACUGGAAACGGGCCUUUGAUUUUGGACAUUGAAGAUUUUAAGGGGGAUUUUUCAUUUGAUGCAUUGUUUGGUAAUUUGGUAAAUGAGUUGCUACCCUCUUAUAAUGAGGAAGACGGCGAAGCAGCCGAUGGUCAUGGUAAUUUUAGUAGCAAUGAUGCAUUGUCAAAUGGGAAUUUUCGAAAUACGGAUGCGGCAAAAGGGGUCUCCAACUCCAUGCCUUUGUUUCCUGAAGUUGAUGCUCUCUUGUCACUCUUUAAGGAUUCUUGCAAGGAGUUAAUCGAUCUCCGGCAGCAGGUUGAUACAAGGCUUAGCAGUCUUAGAAAGGAGGUUUCCCAACAGGAUGCUAAGCAUCGAAAAACACUUGCCGAGCUGGAAAAAGGUGUAGAUGGGCUAUUUGAUAGCUUUGCAAGGUUGGAUUCUCGAAUCUCAAGUGUGGGACAGACUGCAGCUAAAAUUGGAGAUCAUCUGCAGAGUGCAGAUGCUCAGCGAGAAACUGCAAGCCAAACGAUAGAUCUUAUUAAGUAUUUGAUGGAGUUUAACAGCACCCCUGGAGAUCUUAUGGAACUUUCGCCUCUGUUUUCCGAUGACAGUCGUGUUGCUGAGGCAGCUUCAAUUGCACAGAAGCUACGGCAAUUUGCUGAAGAAGAUAUAGGAAGACAGGGGAUAGGAGUACAGACGGCCACAGGAAAUGCCACUGCCAGUAGAGGAUUAGAAGUCGCUGUUGCUAAUCUCCAGGAGUACUGCAAUGAAUUGGAGAAUAGAUUAUUACAAAGAUUUGAUGCUGCAUCACAGAGAAGGGAACUAUCAACCAUGGCAGAAUGUGCUAAAAUAUUGUCCCAGUUUAACCGGGGUAGCAGUGCCAUGCAACACUAUGUGGCUACACGCCCAAUGUUUAUUGAUGUGGAGAUCAUGAGUGCAGACAGCAGAUUGGUUCUGGGUGAUCAAGGAUCACAAGCCAAUCCUAGUAAUGUUGCUCGAGGACUUUCUUCACUAUACAAGGAAAUUGCAGAUACUGUGAGAAAAGAGUCUGCCACAAUAAUGGCUGUUUUUCCUUCACCAAAUGAAGUUAUGGCGAUCCUUGUUCAGAGAGUUUUGGAGCAAAGAGUCACAUCCCUUUUAGACAAGCUGUUGCGGAAGCCGUCUCUUAACCAUCCACCUCCGAUGGAGGAGGGUGGACUCUUAGUGUACCUCAGAAUGUUAGCUGUGGCAUAUGAGAAAACACAAGAACUUGCUAGGGACCUUCGUGCAGUAGGCUGUGGAGACUUGGAUGUCGAGGGUCUGACGGAAUCUCUAUUUUCUGCACAUAAAGAUGAAUACCCAGAACAUGAACGGGCCUCUCUUAAACAAUUAUACCAAGCAAAGAUGGAAGAAUUGCGUGCUGAAAGUCUUGCUGAAUUAGGUGGUGGAACUGGAAGUAUUGGACGAUCUAAAGGAGCCUCUAUAGCAUCUAAUCACCAACAAAUAUCUGUUGCUGUGGUCACAGAAUUUGUACGCUGGAAUGAAGAAGCUGUAUCCAGGUGUAAUUUGUUUUCUUCGCAGCCUUCUGUCCUCGCAGCAAAUGUAAGAGCCGUGUUCACCUGUCUUUUGGACCAAGUCAGUCAAUACUUAACUGAAGGCCUUGAACGGGCUAGGGAAGGCCUGACAGAGGCUGCAGCUUUGCGGGAAAGAUUUGUUCUGGGAACAAAUAUCAGUCGAAGAGUUGCCGCUGCCGCUGCUUCCGCUGCAGAGGCAGCUGCUGCUGCUGGUGAAAGCAGUUUCAGAUCUUUCAUGGUUGCUGUACAACGUUGUGCCAGUAGUGUGGCUUUAGUCCAGCAAUAUUUUGCCAAUUCGAUAUCUCGGCUUUUACUUCCUGUUGAUGGAGCACAUGCUGCAUCAUGUGAAGAGAUGGCCACAGCAAUGUCUAAGGCAGAAUCUGCAGCUCAUAAAGGCCUACAACAAUGCAUUGACACUGUGAUGGCUGAGGUGGAAAGAUUGUUGUCAGCUGAGCAAAAAGUAACUGAUUACCGUUCUCCUGAAGAUGGGAUCGUUCCUGAUCAUAGGCCUACUAGUGCAUGUACUAGAGUUGUUACAUAUCUUUCACGUGUCCUGGAGUCUGCUUUCACCGCUUUAGAGGGUCUCAACAAGCAGGCGUUUCUUACGGAAUUGGGAAACCGCUUGCAUAAGUUGCUUCUCAGUCACUGGCAAAAGUUCACUUUUAAUCCCAGUGGGGGGUUACGGCUGAAGCGUGACAUAACAGAGUAUGGAGAAUUUGUGCGCAGCUUCAAUGCUCCUUCUGUCGAUGAGCAUUUUGAAGUAUUAGGAAUUUUGGCUAAUGUCUUCAUUGUUGCCCCUGAAAGUCUCUCUACUCUGUUUGAGGGGACCCCAAGUAUCCGCAAAGAUGCACAAAGAUUUAUCCAGCUUCGGGAUGACUACAAGUCUGCAAAACUUGCGGCAAAACUCAGCUCAUUGUGGCCAAGUCUUGGUUGAGGUUGCUAGUUCAAAUCACUUCCCAAGAAUGUCCAUGAAGAAGCUGUGGUGAUAACUUUUGCCAGAUUCUUGAGCCACGUUGCUUUAAUCUGGAAUUCAAUGCCCAUCUGGUACCCAGCAUAACCACUUCUUCGAUCUGAUAGCAUCAUGGAGUUGUAUAAAAGUUGGCAGUUCUUAAUCCAGUCUAUCUGCAGUUUCAAUUCUAAUUUUUUGGUUGUUACAUAUGUAUAUUUCAGUAGAACUGGUUGUGUCGUUUAGUGAUUUUUUUUGUUUCGUGUCUUGGUCUUCUAGCACUAGACAUUACUCUUCAGCUCGCGUUACAAAAGUUGGGUUUUCUUAUUUUAUUUUAUAGAAUUUUUUUCGAAGUAGAAGAUGGUCGCACUUAUGAAGAGAAAUCUUGUAGAUAGUCUAUCGAUGUAAGUUGAAUAUGGUCAAUUGUCCAGCAUAAAAAAUUGUAACCUUGGUCUGACUAGUGUUAAUACUGUGCAUCAGAAAUAUUUUGCAUGCCUUCUAUGUGUAUUCAGUUUUUGUAGAGCGAA